GUCGCCACCGCGGAAAAGGAACCGGCAGCGGCUAGGUUCCUGCACGGAUGCUGGGACUGUAAGGCGCCGUGCGUUCGGCUGCUUGCGGCUCGCAGGGAGGAGGACACCAGGGUUCGCCUUCCCUCCUCUGCUGCCGCCGCCGCCAUGAUUCCAGUGUCGCUGGUGGUGGUGGUGGUGGGUGGCUGGACUGCAGUGUACCUGACCGACUUGGUGCUGAAGUCAUCUGUCUAUUUUAAGCAUUCUUAUGAAGACUGGCUGGAAAACAAUGGAUUGAGCAUCUCCCCUUUUCACAUAAGAUGGCAAACUGCUGUUUUCAAUCGUGCCUUUUACAGUUGGGGACGACGGAAAGCGCGAAUGCUUUACCAAUGGUUCAAUUUUGGAAUGGUAUUUGGUGUAAUUGCCAUGUUUAGCUCUUUUUUUCUCCUUGGCAAAACACUGAUGCAGACUUUAGCACAAAUGAUGGCUGACUCUCCCUCUUCUUAUUCUUCCUCCUCUUCCUCUUCCUCCUCUUCCUCUUCUGCUUCCUCUUCUUCAUCCUCUUCCUCUUCCUCCUCCUCAUCUCUUCACAAUGAACAGGUGUUACAAGUUGUGGUUCCUGGUAUAAAUUUGCCAGUCAAUCAGCUGACGUAUUUCUUUGCUGCAGUCCUCAUUAGUGGUGUUGUACAUGAAAUUGGACACGGGAUAGCAGCUAUUAGGGAACAAGUUCGAUUUAAUGGCUUUGGAAUUUUUCUCUUUAUUAUUUAUCCUGGAGCAUUUGUUGAUCUGUUCACCACUCACUUGCAACUUAUAUCACCAGUCCAGCAGCUAAGGAUAUUUUGUGCAGGUAUCUGGCAUAAUUUCGUCCUGGCACUCCUGGGUAUUUUAGCCCUUGUUCUCCUCCCUGUGAUUCUUUUGCCAUUUUACUAUACUGGAGUUGGAGUGCUCAUCACUGAAGUCGCUGAGGACUCACCUGCUAUUGGACCCAGAGGCCUUUUUGUGGGAGAUCUUGUUACCCAUCUACAGGAUUGCCCUGUUACUAAUGUGCAAGAUUGGAAUGAAUGUCUAGAUACCAUUGCCUAUGAGCCCCAGAUUGGCUAUUGUAUAAGUGCAUCAACUUUACAACAGUUAAGCUUCCCUGUUAGAGCAUACAAACGGCUAGAUGGUUCUACCGAAUGCUGUAACAAUCACAGCCUCACAGAUGUGUGUUUUUCCUACAGAAAUAAUUUUAAUAAGCGUUUGCAUACAUGUCUACCUGCCCGGAAAGCAAUUGAAGCCACCCAAGUUUGUAGAACCAAUAAAGACUGUAAGAAAAGCUCAAGUUCCAGUUUCUGUAUAAUACCAUCUUUGGAAACUCACACUCGCUUAAUAAAAGUGAAACAUCCACCUCAGAUAGAUAUGUUAUAUGUAGGACAUCCACUGCAUCUCCACUACACAGUGAGCAUCACCAGUUUUAUCCCACGUUUCAACUUUCUAAGCAUAGAUCUUCCAGUGGUUUUGGAAACAUUUGUCAAGUACCUGAUUUCUCUCUCAGGAGCUCUGGCUAUUGUUAAUGCAGUGCCCUGCUUUGCUUUGGAUGGACAGUGGAUUUUAAACUCUUUCCUGGAUGCCACCCUUACCUCAGUGAUUGGAGACAACGAUGUCAAAGAUCUGAUAGGAUUUUUCAUCUUGCUUGGUGGCAGUGUCCUUUUGGCUGCCAACGUCACUCUGGGACUCUGGAUGGUUACAGCACGGUAAUAUGUACACUCCUUUGGCAAAAUCUCUCAGUUACAGUAUACACCUCUGUGGUAAGACCCACUGCCCCUCAAAAUCAUACUUUGUAUGAAAUAUGAAGUAUGUCCUUAAAAUUCCACGUUAGCCAACAACUUUGAACUCCUCCUGCAUCCAAAGUAUACACACACUGCAGUAAGGGGAGGGGGGUGAGCAGAAGAACUGAAAGACACAGUCCAUGACUACAUUCUAGUUUUAAAGACUGAAAAUACACACUUCAGAUAUGUGUGGGACAUUUUCUAAACAAGUACAGACUCAUUCAUGUAAUACCAUUUUGUGUGACUACAUAUCGUUGUAUAGUAUAAAGGAGAACAGAAUUAGGUGGAAUUAAUUGGAUAAAAUUAUUGAAAAAGCCUAAUUAGUCACAAUUCUAAGGAGUCCAGACUUUGGCCAAGUCAAAGAGUGAGCAUUUUCUUGGCCUGUAUGUCUUGUUCUUUGUCUUGUUUCAAAAGUAUUUUAAUAGUUCAUGGUGUAUCAUUUUAUACUCUGAAAACUGAGGCCUGAUUAUAAUUAAUAAAAUUCUGUAAAAGAAUCUACUGACAUGAAAGGGAAAAUCUUUGUCAAGUGAUGCCAAAUAAAUGAACCCUAAGUAAUAGGGCCUUUGAUAUUAUGAGACAUAAUGUAUGUAGUGCAUCUCCGCACCCUUAUAAAGCAGCACCAGCCUUGACAUUGGAGUGAGCUGCAGGAAGUGUCUCCUAGCAGUCAUGGUUGAACCUCAGCACUAAGCCAGGUCCUCUGACAGAUCUAAAGCCAGACCACAAGAUCUUUAGCAGUCCUGCUUUCUAUUUCCUAUAGAACUUUGAAACUUGGAACCCUUCCAGGGUAGACAUUUUCUUUUGUGCUACUGAGGCCAUCUGGGGCCCAACUGCAGGGUUCCUGUCUUCAAGAAGCAACAAACUUAAGCCCUGAGCCAUACUCUCAUCACCAGCGGCUCCCAUGUUACUCUGUGUCAGGUAAUUAAGCACCUGGUCCUUGCUUUCCAUCUCUUUCCUAAAGCUACCUCUGUGGGUCCAUGAAGACAUGGUAGUAGUGUAAGAAAGGCUACAUAUGAGCAAAAACACAGAUUUUCCAGAGCUUGGGAAUGAACUCUUGAGCCUGAAAGAGCCACAUGUGGUUCGAGGUCUUAUGUUGUGGAGAUGCAGCCCUCAGAAACUGGGGAAGUCAACUGGUCAGUGUGAAGCUGUUGGUCUUAGAAGGACACGAGCAUGCUGUUUCCUUGGUGAAAAAUACAUGUUUCUCUCACACACUCAAGAAGUAAUAAAAGGCAAUAAUUCAUUAAUAAUCACAUAUCCAAUUUCUUCAGUAAGUAAGAUAUUCCAUGUGUCACUUUUCUUGGGCCAUUGAGUUGCUCUUUAAGCACUAAAAUGUUUUCAUCAUUUUUAAGAAACUUUUUAGAUUGUAUUAAAAAUUUUGCCGCCUUAAAGUGAAAUUAUAUUAAGUAUAAUUUCGACAUUUUAUUAAUGACUGUAGUCAUCAAUUAAUCUUACUCACUAAAACCAUGCAAAUUACUGUUUUAUCCAAGAAAAUAUGGCAUUUGUUCUGUUAUUAGGUAGACAGCCAUUUGGGAUCAAAAUAUAUUAGCAUAGUAAUGCUAAGACCUGUUCAGAUAGUAGAGCUUGGGAAAUGCCAUGAAAUACCUAUAUAAUUAAUUCAAUUACAUGAACUAAGAAGUUUACUAAGAAAAUGUUGUAUAUGUACAAGUCAUUUUUUUAAAAAAACUGAGAAAAGAUUUUAAUAAAAUAAAUGCUAUCCAUUAGCUUCUUUUUAUGGGUACAAAAACAAAAUCAAAAUGUGUUAAACACUUUGGUCUGUUGAUCCAUAGGGUCAGGGUUUGGGAACCACUCUACUCGCAAACUGAGCAAUUAGUACCAAUUGUGAAGUAGCCUCAUUGUCUAAGAAAGCAAAUGUUAUGUGUUGUCUCUUCAGCUUGAUGGUGGGCACUUCUAGAGCAAGGACCAUGUAUUUGUAUUUGCAUCCCUGGCACAGUGCAUGAGACGUCAUAAGUACUUAAUAAAUAAAUGUGGUUGAAUGGAUGAUGAUUAAUGUUAUUUAUGGAUUAGAAAAGCAUGUCUCUAUUUAAGUAAGCUGUAAAAAGUAUUAUUGAAUAGUUACUGUAAAUAUAUGUUAACAUAAAAAAAAACUUGGAAGAUCUUUGUGUCCUUGGUGUAUUAUCAUCUUUAUAGAAAGAAUCCAUACGGUUUUCUAUACAAUAAUUAGAAAAACUAAUUAUUUCAAGAAUUUGAAGGAAGUGUUCUGUGUUGUUACUUUGUUCAACAGUAAAAGUUUAUUCUCAGUGUUCCGACUCUGCAUUGUUUACAUUUUUUAGCAGUUUUUUAAAGUCACCUACAAUCUGUAAAGAAUGUAUACUUUUCAGCAUCUCAGCUUGAAAAGACAUGCAGUUAAACUCAACCUUUUGAUAAUCACUCAUAUAGGUCUAUGUGUCUUCUAACAGCAGAUUGUAAACAUGUGUUUCAUAGAUAUAUGGCUCUCAGUCACGUUGUCCUAUGAUAUUUAUUGAAUGUCUACAUACUAAUGGUGCACAGGUAUUUUUUUUCUAUCAAUCUUUUGACUGUGUUGUAAUUCAUCCUUAAGCUUUAACUUGAAGAUAUCAUAAUUCCCAGCAUUUGAUGUUUAGCAAUAAAAGAAUAAAUGUGUACCAGCAUUUUCUGUU